AUGUUUUCUCGAUCAGUAUUGCGGAGUCUCACCUCCGAUUUACGCUUGUCAGCACCAACCUCAAUUUCAUCGGUCAAUGCCAUUUCGCAACGAGCUUGCCUGCAUCAAACUGCCUGGCUCCGGACAACGCAACAGCAAUCCGAACCUCAAUCCUCAUCUCCCAUUCCCGAAGCACCAUUGAGUGCUAUCUCCCAGACUCCUCUCCAAAACACCCUCUCUCAAUCACGAAAUGCCAUCCCUAUCGAGAAGCAACCCGUGGCUCCUACAUUCACCUCGCCUAUCGAAGUGAGCAAGUCUCUCAUGGAGCAGCUCCCUCACCUUGUGGGCCAAACACCACACUACGUCGUCGCCGAACUACACGCCCGACCCUUCCUCCUAACAGAGGGUGAUCACAUCCGUCUUCCGUUUCUCAUGCCCAAGGUGAAGACCGGUGACGUCCUACGAUUUAACCGCGCGUCUGCGCUCGGAUCUCGCGAUUUUACUCUGAAGGGCGCACCUCAUAUCGACGAGCGACUGUUUGAAUGCCGUGUCCGAGUUAUUGGUGUGGAGUCCGAACCCUUGCGCAUUAAGGAGAAGACGAAGCGGAGACAGAGACACGUGAAGCAGGCGAAGAGCAAGCACCGGUACACAAUCAUGCGUGUCAUGAAUGUGCGGGUAAAGAGUCCCGAGGAAUUGCUGGAGGAGGGUGCUGUGGUUGUUGAGGAUGCGGAAGACUCCCCUCAGAUCGAGGCCCGGUCAUAA